AUGUUCACCCAUCUUUCUGUUCUAUUUGUGUGGCUUCUAUAUGUCGCAGAGGCUUUCCAAGACAACGCUCAAAGUCACACCUUUGGUCAUUUCAGUAACUCGUCAAGCCCGGCCCCGCACCCGACUUGUCAGGAUGGGUUAGGCUUCUGUAACUCGUCAGAGGGGUUCCCUAGCCAGAAUAUCACCCAAAUCACCUCAAUCGGAAGUUCCAGCGUCGACAUCAGCAGAACAUUGACCUCAAAAGACUCGGCCUCCAGUCGAAUAUUGACGACAAGUAGUCUGAUUCACACCUUCUCGAUACCUCUUGCCAGUCAAACGCCUCCAUCAUCUCCGACCGCCACUCAAAACAACACCGCUUCCUCUCUGGUUCAACCCUCGAAUACCAAAGUGCCUGGAAGCAAGUGGACCGUUCCUUGGGUCAACCCUCCCACUACAACUUCAUCCUCGGCGUAUUGGACAGAUAAAGCUGAAUCUACAAUCACCACAACACCCCCUGGAGCGUCCUUUCUGACUCUUUCCGACCUCACCGUUACAACGCCGAUUAUUAUUACCACAACGCUACCAGGUAGCACCGAAGCAACGAUUGUGCCAGUCAUUGUCAAGAAAGAGAAAAAGACGAAAGAAGGCGGCGGAGGUGGUGAUGACGACAACGAUUUCAUCUUAAUCCCAUUCAUAUGUCUCGGGUGCUUUCCUGGAGGAUUUCCUCCCAAGAUCAGCAUAGAGUUCAAGCUGCCUGAGUUCUGUAUCAAGAUUUUGUGGUUCGAGAUCGGAAAUUGCCCUAACACCGUCACUGCGACCCACCGGACAGUGUAUUGCUCUGUGACCCAAGACAUUCGUGGAGGCGAGAACGCAAAGGCAACUGCCGUUACUACGUGUCUCAGCAGUAUCCAGACCGAGGUUACGGGCUGCAGCGUGCUCAACUCGGUCACCACAGUAACCACGACAAGGACUGGCAGCGAAAAGCCAUACCCGACAUGCGGCCCAGAUGUUUGCGGUGAGAACUGUCCGGCGCCAAGUGCGACAUCUACCAGCAACCCAACCUCCACUAGUCAACCACCUCUACCGCUCCAGAAACGAGGCGAUCCUGCCAAUGGCGAAUGGCGUGGCCCUGAGGACUACCAACUUGGUUACGACGAGUUUAUGCCAGAGCAGAUCAGGGAAGCUCGCAACGCCGCGACGGACCCUAACCCAGGCCCUGGCGGCUACAAACCUAAGCUUUUGAGAGUUCCGCCCUCCCAUAUGGACCCAGUCCACAAUUUCAAAGUCUCAACUCAAUGGGUAUCUUUCAAAGACAAUGUGGAGACAUUAGCCAUUGAGGGACUUUGGGGCUGUACGGCAGUGGUUGUUGUCUCUAACAGAGGUGCUUGGGUAAGCUACUUUUCGGAGGCUUUAAUGGGAAGAAACAACCUGAAUGAUUUCAGGUCCGCGCUCGCUGACCAUCGUCUCGGGUCUGGUGAGGGUGAUCCAAUGCGAGAGUGGAAUGAGUACGGUAUCGAAAACCUUAUGAACGACCCAGGGGCUGGAGACCAUGGGGUGAUUUUCGGCGACGAGAACAAUGAUGACGAAAACAUUGCGAGCCUCAACAUACAGGCCUUCAUCAUUACGCCACGCCCGAGAUAUAGUUAUUACAACGACGACGGUACUCCACGGACAGAUCGCUUUCUUCAAAAUCCCAAUCACUUCAAUAUGCAGGUAUUAUACCCGCUCCACGUCGACUGGAUCAGACAAGACUUGAACAGUGUGUUCCAGAACAGGCUUACACAUUGGGUUACAACUCUUGACUAUCCUGCACCGAUGCUUCUCUGGUCAGAUUGGAAGGGAUACCAGCAGAAUCACUUGACACUUCAGGAUACAGUCAACAUACUGAAGGAUGUUAACUGUGAAAAGGCCCGCGGAAAAACGAUUGUUCAGUACAAACCAGCAGAGUCAUGUAAUGGAAGGGCUGAAUGGCGUAUCUUCUCAGAUACCAUGAGGCAACAGGGUGAAUCCCAGUGGGUUCCGGAAGAUGGUCAGGUAUGGAGAGGCGGAAGGGCUGCUGACGAAAUGGAUUUGGAUCCCGACCAACCGGGCCUUGCCCGCAGGAAGGUCUGCCCACGUCCUAGCCAGACUACCUCCUCAUGUUCCGUCACUGUCACUGCCACGCAUCAGACAGUGUUUUGUUCCGUAUCUAAAGGUAAGUUCGGAGAGAUUUCUUGUAUCAAAACAAGAACAUUCACUGACUUGUUUAUCCCAGCCGUGGCUGUUGGAAAUGCCACCCAAACGACAGUUACGACAACAUGCUUGAGCAGCGCAUACACCACCGUCACAGGUUGUAGCGUCGCCAACUCAGUAGUCACAACCACGGUCGCAACCACGCAGACCUCCAGCGCAAGGGCUCUACCUACAUGCGGGCCAGAUUCCUGCGGUAGUUGCCAGCCGUUGCACUUGAUACCACCACAAGAGCCGCCGCAAGAGUCUUCCGAUGAACCCACGCAGCAAAGUGUUCCUCGGCCACUUGCGAAGCGUGGGGAUACAGCCUACGGCUUCUGGCAAGACAUUCACGAUUCUCACAGUGGCUACCGCCAAUGGAUGCCAGCGCAAAUCCGACAAGCACGCUUGGCGUCGCAAAAUCCCUUCCCAGCAGAACCAGGAGCAUUCAGGCCCACACUUCUUAAGGCAAUGCCUGAAGGAUUUGACUUGCCAGUAUCCACCAAGUUUGUGCUUUUCAAAGACAAGCCCGAGACUCUCGCCAUCGAAGGACUCUGGGGCUGCACAGUCGUUCUUGUGGUAUCCAAUCGAGGUGCCUGGGCCGCUUACUUUUGGGAAAGGACGAUGUACGAUGAACAAGAAAUGACACAAGCUCUAGACCAGUGGCGACAUGGUACUGGAGAAGACGAAGAAAUGUUUCAGUACAACGAACGUGGCCUCGACCAGCUGACCGAUUAUGAGCGGGAUGGAGACGUGGGUGUUAUGUUUGGCAACCCGGCAGACGAAGAUGUUGACCAUUUGAACAUCAAAGCCUUCAUCUUCGCGCCUCGACGCAAGCCGGUAUAUCGAAACCCCGACGGCUCGUCAACAGGUGAUCUCAACAAUGAACACUUCGCAGCGGGCGCUGCAGACCCCGACUUUGAGGAUAGCGUGGAACUCAUUAUCAGAGACCUUCAAAGGAAGUUUAACGGCGAAAUCGAGAUUGAUAUCGUCGACUAUCCCAGACCAACGCUUACACUCGCGGACUACGAUUGGUGGAUGGGUCUCCCUGACGAUGUGGCAAUGUCCGAUCGGUUUCUUGUUCCUGUCAUCAAGACCCUAAUGGACGAUGUCUGUAGGGUUCAUCGAGGCAAGGUGAUUCUCCAAUAUCAGCCCUCGAGAUCCGCCUGCCAAGGUCUUACAGCGAAGUGGAGAGUGUUUGCGGAUGUCUAUGGACAGGUUUCGACGGGGGAAUGGCUGCCAGAAGAGGGUCAACGCUGGCAAGGCGCAGACCCGCCAGCUGAGGGGGGAGCGGCUCAAAAGAGACAAAAGUGUGCAAGGGGGGUCUGUGACACCUUUUUCGUCAAGUUCACGGUUGUCGCCGAACGGUACUUGGUCAUUUACUUUGCCAGCCAACACGUCAAUCCCGAUGACAAGACUGCUCUCAACAAGCUUCAGCUCACUUUCAACGAUAAAAUCGAACACAACAUCAACACCACGUUCCAGCACACUCUCGAUCAACAGCACUCUGUUUUCUUCGGUCACAUCAAAUGCGACAUCUAUAACACGGUCCAGUACACCCUCGAUGAACAGUACUGCACUUUCCACCAUGAUAUCGAACACGACCACAGUACCACGGCUCGGCACAACCUUGUUGAACGGCACUUCUUCGUCUGUGAUAUCGAUCAAAACAACAUCCCAGAUGGUGACAAGCAAGCCCUCGUCGACAACGUCAACAACAUCCUCAUCCACUCCCAAGAAAACAACGACACCAAUUCCUGA